GUCGCCGUGACGAGCGGCGAGGAACGGAGCGGAGCGGCCGGGGCGCGGAGGAAGCCCGGCGCGGGGUCCGGAUCGCGUCGGCCCGGGGUCCGGAUCGCGUCGGCCCGGGCCUUCGUCUUUCCCGCCGUCCGUUCGGCCCGGCCCGCCAUGCAGGGCCCGGCCGGCAACGCCAGCCGCGGCCUGCCGGGCCGGCCGCCCCCCACCGCCUCCUCCGGGGCCGCCGGCAAGGGCGGUUGCGAGAACGGUGCGUUCAUGGACAGCUUCGGCAUCUUUCUGCAGGGCCUGCUCGGCGUCGUGGCCUUCAGCACCUUAAUGCUAAAGCGCUUCAGAGAACCAAAGCAUGAAAGACGACCGUGGAGGAUAUGGUUUUUAGACACUUCCAAACAAGCCAUAGGAAUGUUGUUCAUCCAUUUUGCAAAUGUCUAUUUAUCAGACCUUGCUGAAGAGGACCCUUGUUCACUAUACCUUAUCAACUUCCUCCUGGAUGCCACCCUAGGGAUGCUACUCAUAUACGCCGGCGUGCGGGCAGUCAGCAGCGUGGUGGAAUGGCAACAGUGGGAGUCCCUCCGCUUCGGCGAAUACGGUGACCCGCUGCAGUGCAGUGCGUGGAUGGGGCAGUGUGCGCUGUACCUAGUGAUCAUGAUGUUUGAGAAAACCAUCAUCCUCAUCGUCGCCCUGAUACCUCAAUGGAAAGAGGUAGCUCUGCUGAAUCCGAUCAAAAACCCCCAGUUGGAACUGGCAAUUGUCAUGCUGAUAGUUCCCUUCUUUGUCAAUGCAUUAAUGUUUUGGGUAGUGGACAAUUUCCUUAUGAAAAAGGGCAAGACAAAAGCCAAACUGGAAGAAAAGGAAGCUGGCCAAGACUCAAGGAAUGGCAGUAAAAUCCGGUACAGGCGGGCGGCGUCGCACGAGGAGUCGGAGUCAGAAAUUCUGAUCUCAGCUGACGAUGAAAUGGAGGAAUCAGAUGUAGACGAGGACCUCCGGAGACUGACCACCCUAAAACCUGUAAAGAAAAAGAAGCACCGCUUCGGACUGCCCGUAUGACAGCAAUCCCAACCUGAAAACUUGUUCCUGGGGCAGCAGGUUUUCAUUCUGCAGUGUCAUCCCUCCCCACCCCUCUCCCCAACACACACCUCCCCUCUCUCUUCUCUCUCCCAUUCCUCCUUUUACCACCCUCCCCACUUCCUGAUGGGAAGAGAACAGGUGAUCUGAAUGGGUCACAGGCAGUUGAAGAUUCUUAAUUCAGUUGCACUACAAAUAUACUGACCAAAUAUGCAAGAGAGGCUUGUGUUUAUCAUCUUGUACGGAACUUCCGAUGACGGUAUUGAGGACCAGGUUCGCUGAGACGACUCACCUGUGACUCGUUCACUCUGCAGGUGUUUUAGGCUUUGUGAGAAGCAGUCCUAUGUGGGGACCAUCUGGAGGAAAAAAAAAAAAAAAUCAUCUGGACUGACCAAGAUGGACCCAGUAUGUUUUCUUACUCAAAGUGGCUUUUGCAACAUUAAUUCCUAGAGCGGGAUAGUUUUAUGGUUACAAGCUGUAACUGAAUGUUUUUAAAGUUUGUGUUUACUUCCUACAAGGUACCUAUGGAACUAAUAGGCAGAACAAAGAUUUUUAAGUCUUCUCGGUCCUGUUUGACUUUUAUAUUUUUAAGUUAUAUUUUCAUACUGUUCUAUUUAAGGACUUUGUUUUCCUCUCCUGCCUCCAGCAGAGAAAAAGAUUCCCUAACCAUUGUUUUGGAUGGGGGGGUGGGGAGGGCACGGUAGGAGGAGAGAUGUCACGGUCGGAAUCGGCGUCUUUUCAUCUCCUCGGUAAACAGCAAAGCCACAAAAGGAAGCUUUCACCAGAAAUUAUGAAAUAGGAUUCCAUGUUAAGUGUGGGACACGAGGGGCUGGGCUGCAUGCCCUACUCUGUGGCCCAGGGUCUUUGGAAAAACAGAAGGUGCUUCUGUAGAUUUGAGCCUCAUGCACUUUAUCGUAAAAACCCAACUAGACUCCGGAGGUUGCAGGUUUUCAGCCCCUCAGGCGAUCAGUCAUGCAGUGACAUUGACAGCACCUGCUGGAUUCUAGGCACUGGGAAUUCAACUUACAAAGAAGACCGACUUCCACCAAGAAUUUGCAAUCCUCUCAGCCGUUCUAGUGGAGGCAGGAUGUUCCUGCCUCACUUUCUCUCCUCACCCCCACUCUCUAAAAUGAAAUCAGCUAACAUCACCGAAGCUCCACUUGCUCCCACCCGUGCAAGGUUGCCAGCUGGUUUUGCGCACACUGCUGAUUAUCUUCGUAGUGUUUACCGACUGCUGCUUCUCAUGCCCUCCGAUCUCAGUUGGCACCCGGGUCUUGCAUCUCUGCAGACCCCAGGAAGGCGCCCGUAGGGUUUUGAUCAGUCUUUUCAGCGACGCCGAGCCUGAACGGUCGUCGGAUCUGUUGCAACUAGUGGUUUGGAACGUUUCCUGAAUGACAGAUUAUUUUACAGAAACUGACAGACGCUCUUUCUCCUCCUCCUGUGAAGACUCGUGCGAGAAACAGCAGCGAAGGGAUUUGCCGAAACCGAGGCGGCAAUGAGGACAUUCUGCAAAGAAAAACAAAAGCAGCUGCUGUGGUAUCUGGACAUCCCAUGUUCCAUGCCUUAAGCCAGACUAGUUCAUUGGAAGACAAACAGUUUGAAACUUUUUUUAUUUAAAAAAAAAAAUUUUUUUCUACAUCAUAGGUCUUAAUUGUCGUGUGUUACCAAGGCGUCUGAGAAGGGGUCAUUUAGACCUUGGGAAAUGUUCCACUGUGCACCCCUUUGUUUUCCUUGGCUGGUCUGUGACAUUCCCCUUUGGCUGAUUGGUGAACCAAGUGUUCGGGCGCUAAAAUGCGGCUUUGGCGAUAAGGAGUUGUUCAAUGUAAGUAUGCUGGCUAUUGAAGCGGUGUGAGAGUAAAACAGUCGGCUGGUCAUGUUGGGACAAAACAUGCAGAGGGAAAGCCAUCUUUGGUCUCGUGUAGUCCCCAGCUCCAUUUAAAUCUGCCUCGGGCCAGGUAAAUCCCCAGGAGGCAGGGUUGACUGGGUCCCUGCCUACCGAUUUUUGCCGUAUAACGAAUCAUAUAGCUGGAGACCCUCCUCCACUGCCCCGGAUCAGCCCGGGGGAAGGCCGGCCAGCCGAGGCAAUGAUCCGAAGAGUAGCCAGUCUACAGGUGUCAGAAUUUGUUUGGAAAAAACUAAGCCUUCCUUUUUGAAAGGUAAGAAACCAAUUGAUUAGCUGCACCCCUUCCCUCUCCCUUCGUGCAAAGUGGUAGUUUUGAACAGCACACACGGAGCUGAGUCUAUAGAAACCAUCAGGAGCUCUUCCUUCCUAUUUAUAUUUUGUUUUAAAAAAAAAAAAAAAACAAAAACCAAGCCUUAAUUGUAUAAAACACGGUAGCUGUGUUGGGCUGCCCUGGGACCAGCUGCCCAGUUAGGAAUAAGGAACCCGGCUAAGAAGUCCUAUUCCUUGCUGGAUGCAGAAAGGGAGUUAGAAGGCUUGUUUUUCCUUCAACAUCCCUGUCGGUAAAGGACUUGAUCUCUAGGUUGAAUCUUUGUAGUGGACAGGCAGAACAUCUUUGGGAAGAAUUACAAGCCAAAGACCAUUGGGAAAAUGUUGCCUUCCCACCCUUAUUGGGAGAAGAUGCGCUUUUAAAAAUGCUGAAGGUACUGGCUUGGGCAGUGGAGUCUUGUAUUUUGGUCUUUGGUCAUGACCAGCGUGUUGUCCCUGGACCCAGUUUGAUCACCGAGUUCUGGGACUCCGUUCUUUCCCUUGGUCUCAGUUUGGGGCAUGGAGAAGGGGUUCUUUAUGAUGCUACAGGAGGGAGCCCCUAGAAGGAGAGGCUUACAGCAGCCCAGACACUUGGUUUAUGCACUUUUCUUGCUAAGCUGUGCUCUUAAAAGGCAGAGCGUAUAUAAUGCUUUCAAGUUGUCAUUGGAAGGGUGGAAACUUGCACUGGCCAAUUAAGCUGAGAAGAGCUUCAAUUAAAUGUGCUGGCCCGAUCCUUUUUGAGAACCAGCGGGAUGUUAACCAGCAUUUGGUCGCAGGGAGGGGAUUGGAACUCUGAUCCAGGCCUAGCAAAGUUGGUUGAAUUCAGUCGGCAUUCUGUGAAGUGCAGGGUAAUAAACGCGAUUCAAUAACUUAAUGACAAUAAGCUGCAUAGAAAAUUCAUUUUCUAAGGAUGAGAGAGGAGCUCUCAAUUUCUCUUCUCAUCCAAAGUGCAGAGGCGUGAAAGUACUGUGAAGACUGGGAGUUGGGCCUCUGCUACGGGAAGCAGAGCUGCCUGUGAUGUAUCUGUCGGUCGGAGCUGGUCCCGUAACGGACGAUUGGUAGCCGUCUGUCAUGGCAGUUUCCAGAAAGCCUUCAGCUUUAAUAAAACCAAGUCCCCUUGUCCGACUGCUUUAGAUGGAAUGUUGAGUGUUAAUGUUGAUGUGACACAGUUUUCUUCAGGGAAAAAAAACAAAACCACACAAAAACCUUACAAACUCAGACUGGAGUUGUGAAAUCUCCUAGAACAGUGCAGACUAGUUGGAGGAGCCGACCUGAGACAAGCCCACAGCCUCUCCAACGAGAGCCGGGACCGAGCCUGGCGGGACCGGCCUCCCUUACGCCGGCCUUGCUUGGCUAGGUUUGGGGCAGCAAAGAUUAGGGAAGAGAGGGAGGAAAGUGCCCCCGCCCCCAUCUCUUUCGUCUCUCCCUCCCACCCCCCCCUUGCUCCCUUCCCUGGCCAAGGGUGGAGUAGCACAUGUUUUUUGAAAAAGAUUGAUGUCAUUUCUGGCUUCAGAAUGGAAAGCUCCUGGGAUUUUACCAAGGAAAAUGACAGGACUUUUGGUGAUCAGGUUUUGGGGUGGGUUUUGGUUAGUUUUUUGUUGUUGUUUUGAUUUUUUUUUGUUCUUUUUUUUUUCCUUGUCUGCCUAGUGUGUCUGUCAAUAAGCCUGGGGCUCCUGGGUUUUUAAUUUGGUCUUUAUUUUCCCGAUUUGAGUAGGAGUAGCGCCUUGGUGAGCAAAAUUCAUGACCGAACUCUGAAUGGGAUUGUUUAAUAAGUGGUGUUACAUUUUCAAAAAUGGAAAUGAAAGGGAAUAUGAUAUACUUUCAUUGUAUAACAGUUUACAAUAAAGUCUGCCAUCUUAUUUACAGUUAUUUUUAAAAA